AGACCCAUGUCCAACUCCAAUUCCGCCGACGCCAUCAUCAAGCAGUCCGCCAAAGGAUGGUCCACUUCAAAACCCUCCUCCGAUGACCCCAAACAACCCAAACAACAAGUAACCUCUCCGCUCAGAAUUGCAAAACGCGACAGCAGCACCGGCCUCGGCGCACCUCCCGGAAAAGUCGUCGGAGGCCGCCCGCCAAUGCCCAACGUCGCGCGCCGCUCCUCGAGCAGCUACAAACACCUCCGGACGAACAACCUCGUAUCCAAGUCGCCGUUCAAGUCGUCCACCACCCCUUCUCUCCCCUCCACCUCCACCUCCACCUCCGCGUCCACGUCCUCAUCCUCCGCCCGCUCAAAUGCACCACAGAAGCAACAAGGCCUCGGCCUCGGCCGCAACCAGUCCCAGAAACGCGGUCCGACACCGCGCAAGACGAGCGGCGAGAAGCGGCCCCGACCAGAGUCGAUGCACGAGCAGGCCGAGGAGGAGAACGAGCGCCCGGGCAAGUUCAAGCGCGAGCGGAAGCAGAGCAAGGCGUACCAGGGGCUCAUCGAGAAGGAGCACGUCAGCAAGAGCCCCUUUCGCGCGCCGGCGCCGGGCGAGCGGCAGGUCGUGAGCGACGAGGAUGCGGCGGAGAUGUCGCCUGUGGAGUCGGCGCCGGUGCCCCCGCCAAAGGACGUUCCGCCGAAGGAUGUGCCACCGGGCAAGCUGCUUUUUCCGACGACGUCGGGGCAGGGGUACAGUCCGAGUCCGUCGCCGUCGCCCAUGCCAUCGUCGCGGGCAGGCACACCGACGCGGUCAUCGCUCGUGUCGAAGAGGCUGCACGGGCCGCGCACAGCGGAUGCGCCGCAUGGCGAAGGACGUCGUCAGCGCCGCAAAACCGUGACGUUCGACGAGCGCUGCGAUGUGCUCGAGUUCGAGGCGGAGGAGGCGGAGGAGGAUCCAUUCUAUGAGAGCGAUGCUGAGGAGGACGAUCAGCGGUACGGUGCGCCCGAUGGUGAGGACGAGGAGGGGUUCGUGCAUUCGGAUAAUAUGGAGGACGAUGAAGAGGAGGCGUUCUUCGGGUCUGGCCAUGCGCAGGAGGACGAGGACGUGCAGAUGGAGGCGUUUGCUGGCGCUGCUGACGUUGAUGGGGAGGAGUAUCACCGAGACCCAGAGGAGGAGGAAGAGUACGCGCACCAUCAUCCAGAUCAUCCCGAGCACCGCGAAGACGCAGAAGAUCACCGGGCCCACGGAGACGAAGAUCAGCAUCAUCAUCAUCACCACGAUGGUGAUGAUCAACAUCAACAUCAGCAGCACGAUCAUAGCUUCGAAGAAGAAGAGGGAGAGGGAGAGGGAGAAUCCAUGUACCUCGAGCACCGCACCGCGAACGACAGCAUCACGGGCAUGGUCGACGCCAUGAUCGCCAGCGCGUUCGCGCCGUCGCAUUCGCGCGACACCUCGGCGCAGUCUGGGUCGACCGUCUCGCUGCCUCGUGCGGAUGCCAAUCCCGAUGCCAGUGUUGAUGUCGACGCCAGCGCCGACGUCAUUGCUGCCGCCGACGCCGACGCGGACCCGGCCUCGCCUGCGCCGUCCACGCCACCGCACGACGCGUCGGUGUUGCCGCCUGAUGCGGAUACAGAGGACGGGGUGCCGUAUGGGCGGACGCAUCGGCGGGAGCGGCAGCGUAUGCGCUCGGGCGGGGCUGUAGAGGGUUCGCCUGCGGCUGGGUAUCCGUUCCCGUCUGUUUCGAGUGUGGAGGGUACGCCGGCGGCGCCUGCGGGUGUGGGUACGGAGAGGGAUGUGGGGAUGUUGCCGCCGAGUCCGAGUCCGAUGGGGAAGACGAGGGAGUUGCCGAGGGAUGGAGAAGAGGAGGAGGACGAUGAACAGGGCGACGGGGCGGAGGACGAGCACGGAGAGGAGGGGAUGGUGCCAAGGUUUGGGCUUCCUCGUGAGAGUGCAGGUGCGUUUCUCUGUGCUGUCGAAGACGACUGGGGCGCUGAAGCUGAUAUCGGGUUCGCGUUUUUUCUCGCAGGAUCUGCAUCUGAAGACCCCUUGGGCGCCGAGGAGGCAAACGAGCACGACCGCGACGAGCGGCAUGUUCCAGAUACGUCUAUGAUGGAGCUCGAGGAGCUUAUGCCGCCCCCGCCGAUCCGCGCGGGCGACGAGGGCUUUGUGAAUCCGUCGCCCGGAGGCUCGCCGCGCAGUGGGUCGCCGUUGCGCGGGUCGUUGCUCGAGUUGAGGAAUCGGAGGCUCAGCGCUAGUGCCGGUGUCGACACAGCCCAAACUCAAGGUCAAGGUCAAGCACAAGCACAAGGCCAAAACCAGGACGCGAGUAUGACGUACACGGACGGCGACGAACCUUCCUUUGCGCACAGCGCGGCGAGUCCGCCCCCCGGGACGCCGCAGAGCGCUGGUGGCGGCGGGUCGCCCAGUGCGAGUGCGGCGUCGAUCGGGCUCGGGAGUGCCGGUGCCGGUGCUGGGGCGGGUGCGGGGCCUAUGGUGGGGAGAGAUAGGAUUGUGAGUCCGAGCGGGGUGUCGAUUCGGAGAUUUUCGGGGUCGAGUUCGCCGUUGCAUAAUCUUCCUUCGCGGCGGAAGGAUAAGGAUAAGGAGAGGGAAAGGGAUAUUAAGGACGAGGGAGAGGGGUCGUCUGCGCCGAACGUGAGCCGAGCAACGCCGAGCGACGGCAUCGCGAGGGCGGGGUCGCCGACGGUGCCUGUUGCUGCGUUUAGGGCGAGCAGGAGUCAGAGCCAUGGAUCGCCUUCGUCUGCUCCGGGUUCUGCGAACGCAAGACCAGCAAGACCGGAGCUCGCGCUCGCGCUGCCUCCGCCGCAGCCUGCGUUCGCGCGGUCGGGGUCGCCGAUGAACAUGGUGCACGGCGGGUCGCCGUUGUCUGAAUCGGUCAACGCGUUUGAGCUCGCUGGUGGAGAUGAGAGGGACAUGGAGGGGAGGGCAAGGGCGGGGAGUAGCGGGAGUGUGGGCGGGCGGCCGAGGAUAUCGCGGGAGGAUGUGCAGCGGCGGUUGAUGCAUCGGAGGAGCGUGGAGAGUCCGUGUUUUGAUGAAGGGGAUGAGGGGGAGGCGUUUGUGGGUGUCAAGGGGAGCCGGGCUGGGCAGGAGGGCGAGGCGAUGCAGGUUGAUGGGGAGGAUGAGGAGCGGGGGAGAGGGGAGAUGGGGGGAGAGGGACAGGCGCAAUCACAGGGCAGCCGACACACGCGCGUGUCGUUGGUCUCUGACACGGAUAUGAGCGCGGUGUUCGCGAGCAUCGAGCACGCGCAGAAAGCGAACACUCACCUUGCUUCUUCGCUCGCUCUCAGAUCCGCCGGCGGGCACGCGAUGGACCGCGGGCUCAAUGCGUCGCACUCGGGCGCGAUGUCCGUCGAGUCCGCCGCUGCGCAGUCGAGCUCGCGCGUGCCCGACGCGACGCCUGUGGCCCGCCCGCAUUCGUCGCUGGGUGUUCUUGGUGCGGAUGUGGAUCUGCAGGCGCCGAGGAGGGAUAGUGUCCAGCUGGGCGAUAUCAAGAGCGCGCUGGACCGGUUGAUGGAGAAUGUGGUGGUGCAGCAGCAGCACAAGGGGCUCGUUGGACCUGGGCCUGGGUUCGCGAGUGCGGGGUCGUCGAGGGGGCAGAGUCCGCGGGUUGGGACGCCCGUCAAGAGCGGUGCUGCGAAGGGCAAAGAGCGGGAGCGGGAGCGGAGUCAGGAUCGCGGACAUGGAGGUAUUCGCGUGGAGAGCGUUACGGAGGGGGUCAAGGCUGGGCGGUAUUCGCUUGAUGGGGAUGUGGAGAUGGAUGCGGAGGGCGAGGAUGCGGAGGACCGGGAGGAUGAGAUGGACCAGGACCAGGGCGAAGAUGAGGAGAUGGACGACGGUGGGGCGAGGUCGCGGUCGCUGUCGAGGUCCAAGUCAAGAUCGGCAUCGCACUCAAGAAGCAGGUCAAGGAGCUUUGCGUCUCCGCCUCCACAACAGCAGCAGCAGGGGCAGUCUCCGUACAGACCAUCGCACCAGCGCGCCGCGACGGAUUCGGUCGUGUACCAGCCGCCAUCGUUCGCCAGUCCCGAGGCCAGCCAGGGCAACAGCCGUACGCAAUCGCCCACGCUCUCGCCCUCCGAGGACACACGCCGCUCCUCGUUCGGGCUCGGCGGCUCGCUCGGCGGGUCGGCCUACCCGUCCGGCAGCUUGGGCAUCGGCUCGAGCAUGGGCAUGAGCACGAGCAACCUCAGCCAGCGGCCCAUGUCCGCGAUGGGCCUCUCUUCGCCCGGUUCACCACAGACGAAGGACGCGCGCAAGCGCCGCGAGCAGCUUAUCCUCGAGAAGCGCCGUGCGGCAAAACAGAGGGAGGAAGACGAGGGCUUGGGGUACUAUACGCCGCCGCAUCCGAGCGACGCUUUCUCGCCCAAGGCCGAGGAACGGCCGAGGCGCACGUCGACGCCGAGACGGCGGACGAUGAGCCAGAGUGCGAUGAGCGAGGCGAGUGCCGCUGUUACUCCUGCUGGUGGAGCCGAAGAGGACAUGAUGCUCGGCGAGCUGGGGAUGUUCAAGGCGACGGAGAAGUCCGGGGGUUUGGCGGGGACGAUUACGAGGGAGCUGAGGAAGCUGGAUGGGUUCGAGGGAAGGAAGGGGUACCGGAUCCGGGAGCACGAGGCGAUCAUCGCGUCUGCAGACAAGAAGGAGUCGUUCCCGCAUAUCACGCGUGCUGGUGAUCUGGGGAGCAGUCAAGAUCAGCCAUGGAGGACUGUAAGGCGGCCUUCGGAUAUGAACGAGUAUUCAAAGCAGAUCAAGGAGUUGCGAGCGCAGGAGAAGUCUGGGAAGUCGCACGGCAAGGUUUUCGUUAGAGUGCUUGGUAUCAAUCAUGUCAAAGUUCCGUUCCCCCGCGAACCCACUACUAUAACGUGCACGUUGAAUAAUGGCAUACAUUAUGUCACGACGCCCGAGUCGACUCUGGCGAAGGACACGAGGAUCGAUCAGGAGUUUGAACUGAUCGAACAUAAUAAACUCGAAUUCACCCUCACCAUCAAAGUACGGCGCGACCCGCACAUCAUCGCGCAGCACAAAGCCCUCGCUCCGCCUGCCCCUCCGCCACCUGUCCGCCAACAAAUUGCACCUCCUUCAAAACCACGAGGCGUCUUCGGUGGACUCUUCUCUUCCACGCCCAAGAAAUCUGCCGCUGCCGCUGCUGCCAUGCGCGCCGCACAGCAGCAGCAGGUGCCAGUGCCGCCAGUGCCCACGCGGAUGCCGGAGAACCUCGCACGGUACCUCAAGCAGGACGGCACGCUCGCGCGUGCGUUCAUUGCGUUCAAGGACAUCGCGCCGCGGUGCGACACGCGCCUGUUCGAGAUCUCGUACCCGCUGAUCGGGCAGAGGCUGGAGCAGGGCGGCGGGCCGUCGACGCUCGAGCUCGGCGAGAUUUCGCUGCAGGUGUUCAGGCUGCCGCCGCUGCCGGGUUUGCCGCCCGAUCAGCUGCCGCAGAGCUUGGAGGAGUGCGUGAGGGGGUUUAGGCACACGCAUUGGCAUAAGGUGACGUAUUUCGAGGGGACGUUGACGCAGAACGGCGGAGACUGCACGACCUGGCGUCGUCGUCAGCUGCGUGUUAUUGGUGCCAACCUGGUCGCGUUCAACGACGUGACGAAGAAGGCGACCGCAACGAUCAACCUCAAGAAGGCGGUCGCCGUCGAGGAUAUGCAAGAUAUGCGAGGAAAGCUGGACGACGAGGACUACGGCCUGUAUGGCGUUGAACGUUCGUUCAGGCUUACGUUCCCGAACGACCAGCACAUUUUCUUCUUUGCUGACUCGGACGAGGAGAAGGCGAGAUGGCUUGACGUCCUCCGUGCCCUUGUCGGCCACAUCCCACCGAACCCGCUCUGGGCGGAGCUGCUCUAUCAGCGCCAGCAGGAGUUGGCUACGAAGCUGCAACAGCAGUCGUCACAGGAAAAUGUCGCGGGCCCUUCGUCAAAACCAUAAUAGUCCAUCCACUCGGCGACGCUCUUCAUCGCAUGAGUUGAGGAUCUUGAUCGUUCCUUGUUUCUUGCCUCUUGCUUCUUGGGAACGAGCGUGCUUGUGCCAGUGUCUUGCCGACGGCCGUCCGUCACGUCGUUCUUAUUCCUAUGUUUAUUGGCGACAUCAUCUCCUUCAGCUCUCCUACUACACGCUACGACUCGAUUAUUCUUG